AAGAGGUGUAGUAUCUACGAAUAUUCAUGCACACAUCCAUGUUCUAAAUACAUAUGGUGUCAUAAUUGCUACUUCGUCCGCUAUAUUUUUCUAAGUAUUGCACCGUGUACAUAAAUACAGCAUCGGAGAUGAGUCAAAAGUGGUUUCCUCCACAGUCCGAUUUGGAGAGGGGUGUGGGCGGGCUUUAUAUCACUGACGUCACUCCUGACACUGUGGCAACGUCGUCACGUUUUACAUUCACUUCCGGACCUGCGACAGAGGCACUGGUUCCACCCAUUUUUCAUUCUUCCACCUACAAACUAAAAUCUGUUGAUGACUAUCUCAAGAUUUUAGAAGAGGGUGGAUACAUUUACUCAAGGUUCAGUAAUUUCACUUGCCAAUCUGUUCAAGCUGCAAUAAAUAGCAUAGAAGGUGGAAAAGGCUCCCUCGUGUUUAGCACAGGAAUGGCUGCUAUAUCCACAGCGUUACUUUGUUUCCUGAAAAGUGGCGAUCACAUAGUGGCAAACAACCCCUGCUACAGUGGAACAUAUGACGUAAUAAUGAACAUACUCCCUCGGUAUGGAAUCGAGUACACCUUUGUUAAUACGGGGUGUCCUGUGGAGGAAUACAAGAAACACAUCAAAGCUAAUACUAGGAUGCUAUAUGGUGAGACCCCAUGUAAUCCAAAUAUGGCUAUUCUUGAUCUGGAGGAGUUCGGAAAGCUGGGAAAGUCGCUGGACAACGUCAUGACAAUGGUCGACAGCACGUUCGCCAGUCCUUAUCUACAGCCCGUCAUACAGCACGGAAUCGACGUAUCAAUGCACAGCUGUACAAAAUACUUGGGUGGACACAGCGACCUCGUGGCCGGAUGUUUGACCUUUUCCUCUGUUGACCUUUGGAAGACCAUGCUUCAUUAUCAAACCAGCCUGGGGACGACGAUGUCACCCCAUGAUGCAAGUCUUCUGCUUCGUGGAAUCAAAACUCUCCCUAUACGCAUGGAAAGACACAGCUCUAGUGCCCAGAAAGUUGCUGAAUUCUUGGAAAAGCACCCUAAGGUUGAGAGGGUCAGGUAUCCUGGUCUACCAUCACAUCCACAACAUCAAGUUGCCAAGAAACAGAUGAAGAUGUUCAGUGGAAUGAUCGCUGCUGAGAUCAAGGGAGGGGUGCAGGGAGGGAAAAUUCUAGUAGAGGGCUUGCGUCUUCUUCAAUUAGCAAUUUCGCUGGGAGGAGUAGAAAGUACAAUUCAGCAUCCCGCUACGAUGACGCACGGCCCGAUGUUGAUGACGUCAGAGGACAGACAGAGCGGUGGUAUAACUGACGGUCUCGUUAGAAUCAGUAUUGGUUUGGAGGACCCAGGGGACCUUAUCAAAGACUUUCAGCAAGCACUGGACAAAAUUCCAGAAAAUCUCAUUGAACUAGUUUAGAGUGUUAGACUGCUUAGUUUAAACUAUAUUGUAUAAUUACGAAAUAAGCAGUAACAUACGAAACCUACACAUUAACCUUUAAACAGAGCAACGGAAAUAGCCCAUUUUCAUUCUACGUAGGGACAGGCAGCUGAUCGCUUCCAGUAAAUCACACCAAGGAAUUUCUCACCCAAAAAACGAGCACAGAAAACAUAUUUUGAAAAUGUCUUAAGAUAACAAAUAUUUUACGUGUCUAGAUGAAAGAAAUCAACAACCAACCAGAAAAAUCAAUAUACUGUACACACUGAAAAUAUGCAUCACAUGUGACGGUUCUGAUUUUUCGUCUAGACUGUAAUUCUACUGGUAAAGAUGCACAAAGAGAUAUUGGAAUUCCUAUGGCCACAAAUUGAGCUCCUUUAUUAGCUGACCCGUUUUUGUAUUCUUAUGAGGCAGAAUUUAUUAAAAAACUUCUGCGUGAGAAGAGGAAAUAUCUUCCGGUGGCCUUCAACUCGACAUUUAGAUACACUGACGACAUUUUAUUUAUCAACAAUAUCCAUUUUCAUUCAUAUGUCCAUUCGACAUAUCCCAGUGAACUCAAGAUAAAAGACACCAGAGAAUCUUCCACAUCUGUUUCAUAUUGGAUGUUUUACUGAACAUAGACAUAAAGGCAAACCAACAACUAAUGACUCCAGCUUCCCCAUCGUCAACUUACCAUAUCUGUGUGUUUGUGUGUAAGGAUUCAUACGCACAUUGUUCACAACUGCACCUUAUAAGGAAAUGGCUAUUAUAAUAAUUAGUAAAGAUAUCUAAGGCAAAAACAUUGGAAAUGUAAAUAUAUGAAUAUGGAUAAUGAAUGACAGAUGACUGAUUUCCCUAACUUACUCAAGCAAUGGCUGCACAGGUGUGCAAGGCAAAGCUCCGAGCCCAGGUGGAAGAGCCGGAAACCAAAGAAGUAUAUUGAAAAAUGGGACAUUCUGCAUUUUCUUUUUCAUUUAGGUUUUGUGAAAUACUGUAAUGUUAUUCAUCAAGUGGGGUUAAAUAAUUUAAUCGGUGUAAACCUAAUAACAGAAAGUGAAAAAUCACAGAAGUAAUUUCAUUUCUUGUAUUUUCAAAUUUCCAGGAAAUGCUCAUACUUGCCAGUCAACAAAUUGUAAAGGCUAUAACCACUGCCUUCAACAUUAUUGUUUGGAAUGGCAUACUACUGCUCUAUACUAUAUAAAUUUUUAUGCAUAA